AUGAAGCGUAUAGAGUUGGAGCGCCGGGAGCACGAGCGGAAGAUGGAGCAAGAGAAGCAGAAAAAGGAAGCAGAGUUUGAGCGGAGGCAAUUGCAGCUAGAGCAGGCGGUAAUGAACGAGUCAUUCCGUUUGAGAGAGGUGAUUGACCUAGGUGGGGAAGGCGAUGAAGACAACCGGAGUGUCGCCUCAGUGCAGAGUUCCUUCAGCAAGGUACAGCAGUGGAAGGCCGCCCAUUCGACGUUGGCUGUCCCGACGGAGAAGGCUCCAGCUAUUGGUACGAGUAACGCGACGACCGCAACUGGAAUACAAGCUAGGCAGGACGGCAUGCAGCAACCAACUAGCAUUAACGAGGGUAUUCUAGAAGCAGCGUUGGCAGGUAUUUCGUUAGGGCAGUCAGGGUUUGAGCCAACGUUAGGGGGUAUUAUCGGUCGAGCCGAAAGCACAACAGCGCCAAUAGUUGGUAGAGGUCAGGCUAACAUUUUCUCGGUUACCUCCGCGCUCGCUAGGCCUAGCAAAGGCAUCGCAAAUGUAAUCCCCAAGCAGCAUGCUUUCCAAAACUAUCCCUUUCCUCUCACCCAGCCUCCUCCAGCAGGCAAUUCGUUUGUCAUUCCGCGAGUUGGUAAUCCGAAUUUUGCAAUCGCCGCGCAAUCGACCGCAGUGAAUAGAGAUAGUGCAGGCCCGAUUAGAGGUCCAGUGACAGUGGAAGAAUUACUGGGAGGAGAGUAUUCCCAGUCGUACGCCGGCCAACCGUUAUCGUCUGUGAUCCCCACUGAGCAAAGGUUUUCGAGAAGGCAGACAGUGCCACCAGGAAUCCAAUUGGGACCGCAGGAGCAACCACGGUUUGCGGAGUUCCAGGCUGGUGCGCAGCAACCUCCGUUGCAAGACGAGCAGGCGUAUUGGGGACCGACACCGCGACAAUUGGCGGCAAGACACGUGAUGAACAAGGAGUUGCCAAUCUUUUCUGGUAAUCCGGAGGACUGGCCGCUAUUCAUUAGCUCGUACGUUAACUCUACUCAGACGUGCGGGUUUUCGAACGAGGAAAAUUUGGCGAGGUUGCAACGGUGUUUGAAGGGGCACGCACUUGAAUCGGUGCGGAGUCGACUGUUGCUACCGGCGAGCGUCCCAAAUGUUUUAGCUACGCUGGAGAUACUUUAUGGUAGACCGGAAUUGUUGAUCCAUGCGUUGUUGCAGAGGAUCCGAGGGGUGCCUGCGCCAAAACAGGAAAGACUAGACACGCUAAUCGGUUUCGGUAUGGCGGUGCAGAAUUUUUGUGAUCAUCUGGAAGCCGGGAGGCAUGAAGCGCAUCUCAACAAUCCGAUGCUACUGUUCGAGUUGGUAGAGAAGCUUCCAGCACAUAUGAAACUGGACUGGUCGCUAUACAAGCAGCGCUGCGGGGAAGUGAACCUGCGUUCUUUCUCGCAGUAUAUGCAGACGCUCGUGCGAGCGGCAUCCGACGUGACCGUGAACUACGAUCCUAGGCCGCAACCUGUACAGCAGAAGCGAAUAGUGAAGGAGAAGAACGGAAAGGACAAAAACUUCUGCGGAACUCACUCAAUGGAGGAUUCUUCUUUGAUGGCGACGAACAAAGAAGUAUCUGGCGUUACGAUGCGCCCAUCAAGCCCAGCGUGUUUCAUUUGCAAAAACUCGGGGCAUCGGGUAAAAGACUGCUCAGAGUUCGACAAGAAAACGGUCGAUGAACGCUGGGAGACAAUACAGAAACUCGGCUUGUGUCGGCUCUGUCUUGGAGCACACGGAAGGCGCCCCUGCAAGAAUCGCAAGCAUGCGAUAUCGACGGAUGUCAACGGCGUCACCACCCUUUGCUGCACUCCAAACGGGACACAAAUGAAGCCCAGCAGGCCAGGGAAAAUGGAAAGACGCCAGGAAAUGGCUGUAAGAAGUUUGGGAACGACGGAAAUUCGGCGAAGAAUGGGUCCAGCAGGACGGUCAGGGGCAUCCAAACAUUCUUUGUCGGACGUGCGCACCGUAAGCAAGCUGGACUUACCACGACAAUCCUUGCGGUACGCGGAACUCGCAGAAACCUUUCCGUACCUAAAGGGCCUACCGAUCGAUGAUUACGAUCAAGCGGUACCGCGCAUCCUCAUCGGAAACGACAACGCUCACGUUACAUCGACACUCAAGCUACGAGAUGGCCGACCGGGAGAGCCGAUAGCAGCAAAAUCACGUUUGGGAUGGACGGUUUACGGAUCCAACCAGGACAAGUCAGGGGAUAUCGUUCAUAGUUUCCACAUAUGCGAGUGCCAGGAGGCCGAGCAGACCCUACAUGAGCUCGUGGAGAAGUUUUUCUCAGUCGAGAGUCUGGGUAUAAUGGAAGUCGCCCAUCCUGAGUCCGCGAAAACUCAACGAGCAAAUCGGAUCCUGAUGGAAACUACUAAGCGGGUCGGACAGCGAUUCGAAACUGGGCUUCUCUGGAAGUACGAUAGCUUCGAGUUCCCGGACAGCUACCAGAUGGCGGUUCGACGACUGCAGUGUUUGGAAAGGCGUAUGCAGAGGGAUUUACUCAUCGGCGAAAGUGUGAGGAGACAGCUUUCUGAGUAUCAAGCGAAAGGGUACAUACACAAAGCGACCCGGAAGGAGCUCGAUGAUUCAGAUCCACGGCGUACGUGGUACUUACCUUUAGGAGUGGUCAUCAAUCCCAAGAAGCCGUCCAAGGUUCGUAUCUUCUGCGAUGCAGCGGCCAAAGUGGAUGGAGUCGCACUCAACACGAUGCUGUUGAAAGGACUGGAUCUGCUAAAUACGUUGCUCAAUGUUCUAUACGGAUUCCGGGAGAAACGGGUCGCUCUGUGCGCGGAUCUGAAGGAGAUGUUUCACCAGAUUCGGAUUCGACGAGAAGAUCGACAUGCGCAACGACUGCUUUGGCGAGAUGAUCCUAUACAAGCCCCCGAUGUGUAUUUGAUGGACGUCGCAACGUUUGGUGCAACGUGUUCACCGUGUUCGGCACAAUUCGUGAAGAAUUUGAACGCUAAGGAGCAUUCAAGACAGUAUCCAGUUGCAGCCGACGCAAUUAUCCGGAAGCACUACGUGGAUGACUACUUGGACAGCGCUGACGACGUUGACGAAGCGGUGCAGCUGGCACAUGAAGUCAAACUGGUCCACUCUCUCGGCGGAUUCCAUCUGCGGAACUGGCUUUCAAAUUCCACCGAGGUUCUCGCACGGGUCGGGGAGAGAGACCCAGUCACAGAAAAGUGUCUCCAGCUGGACAAGAACAGUUCAACCGAACGCGUGCUCGGGAUGUACUGGAAGCCGGUCGACGAUGUCUUCACGUUUACAACGACGCUAGCGGUGGGUGCGGAGCAUCCAACUAAGCGCCAGGCACUGCGAGUAGUGAUGAGCCCAUUCGAUCCGGCAAGAUUGUUGUGUUUUUUCCUCAUACACGGCAAGGUACUAAUCCAGGAGCUGUGGAGGGCGAAGACGACAUGGGAUCAACUAAUUCCGGAGGAGUUACUUGGGAAGUGGAUGCGGUGGACGAGUUUGUUCAAACAUCUGGACCAGAUUAGCAUUCCGCGUUGCUACUUUCCGCAACGUUCGGUGAAAGAUAUCUUGUCGCUGCAACUGCAUAUCUACGUGGAUGCUAGCGAAGAAGCUUAUGCGUGUGUCGCUUACUUUCGGGCGGUAUUUCCGGAUGGGAUUUCUGUUGCGUUAGUCGGUGGGAAAUCCAAGGUGGCUCCACUGAAGGCACACUCCAUCCCACGGUUGGAGUUGAUGGCAGCGGUAAUCGGAGUACGCUUGAUGAAGACCAUCCUCACUGGGCACUCGCUCGUAGUCGAGAAGACAGUGUUAUGGUGUGACUCUAAGACGGUGCUGGCUUGGAUAAAUUCAGAUCAUCGAAGAUAUCGCCAGUUCGUAGCUUGCCGAGUAGGUGAGAUUUUGUCCAAGUCGGAGGCGAAGCAAUGGCGUUGGAUAUCAUCGAGAAAGAACGUCGCCGACGAAGCGACAAAGUGGGGAAAAGGGCCGUGUUUGUCCUCAGGCGGCCGUUGGUUCCGUGGUGACAACGAUUUAUAUUUGCCAGAAGAUCAAUGGACCAUAGAUGCAGAUUCAGUCGGCGCGACGACCGAUGAAGAGCUGAGGUCGUGUUUGGUGCACAAGGAGGUUAUCGUACCGCCACAACUUGUGAGGUGGGAGCGAUUCUCGAAACUGACGCAUUUGUAUCGAUCGGUAGCACAUGUUCAUCGCUACGUACAAAAUCUACGGCGAACGGUAAAACGAGAGACUCGACUGGACGGACCACUCACUCAAGAGGAAUUAGCAACAGCCGAAACCACAAUCUUUCGUUGGGUGCAGUGUGAGCAGUAUCCGGACGAGGUGGCGACUUUGUCAGUAAUGCGGGACAAGUAG